CAGGUCUCUGAACUUUCCCUUUGGCUCUACAGUUGGAGAGGGGGAAGGGGAAGAGGGGAGUGUCAUGAGGCGCCCCCCUCCCCCCAGCUUCCAGCUCAGGUUUCCACUGGAGAGACAGUCUGUGCUGCCAGCAUCUACCCCACCCUCACCACCACCUUCCCACCUGACUACUCUGGGGCCCCCCCUCCUCCAGCAACCCCCUGGCAUUGUAUUCUCCUUCUUGGGGGGGUGGGAAGAGGGUAGCCUGUUAGAGAGGACGACUUUGAAAUUCUUGCCUUUAAGUCUUCAUUUCAAUGACCUAGUUGACCUUACUAGAACUGUAGAAAAGGCCUCCAAGUUUCACUUUGAUAAAUUACUGGAAGGGUGGCAAAAAGAAGAUGAGAAGGAUGGGGCACCAGGACUGGGAAGAGGUUUGGGAACUGAGCUACCAAGAGGAGGGGGAUCCUCCCCAACAGCGGGUGACUGGAACCCUGAUCCUUGCAGUAUUCUCUGCUGUGCUUGGCUCCCUCCAGUUUGGCUACAACAUUGGAGUUAUCAAUGCCCCACAGAAGGUGAUUGAACAGAGUUACAAUGAAACAUGGCUGGGAAGGCAAGGCCCUGAGGCCCCUGGAUCCAUUCCCCCAGGCACCCUCACCACUCUCUGGUCUCUCUCUGUAGCCAUCUUCUCCGUGGGUGGCAUGAUCUCCUCCUUCCUCAUUGGCAUCAUCUCCCAGUGGUUGGGCAGGAAGCGUGCCAUGAUGGUCAAUAAUGGUUUGGCUCUUCUCGGGGGAGCAUUCAUGGGCUUGGCCAAGACAGCUGCCUCUUACGAGAUGCUUAUUCUUGGACGAUUUCUCAUUGGCGCCUAUUCAGGGCUAACAUCUGGACUGGUUCCCAUGUAUGUAGGGGAGAUUGCUCCUACUCACCUUCGGGGAGCUUUAGGAACCCUCAAUCAGCUGGCCAUAGUCAUUGGCAUCUUGGUUGCCCAGGUCCUGGGCUUGGAUUCCAUGCUAGGAACAGAGAGACUGUGGCCAUUGUUGCUGAGCCUGACUGUACUUCCUACCCUCCUUCAGCUUGUACUAUUGCCUUUCUGCCCAGAAAGCCCUCGAUACCUCUAUAUUAUUCGUAACCUUGAGGGGCCUGCCAGAAAAAGUCUGAAGCAACUGACUGGUUGGGCAGAUGUAUCUGGAGCGCUAGCAGAGUUGAAGGAGGAAAAACGACAACUAGAACGGGAGCAGCCCCUCUCAUUGCUCCAGCUUCUCCACAGUCGAACUCAUCGGCAGCCCCUGGUCAUUGCCAUCGUGCUGCAGCUCAGCCAGCAGCUAUCAGGGAUCAAUGCUAUUUUCUACUAUUCAACUAGCAUCUUCGAGUCUGCAGGAGUAGGACAGCCAGCAUAUGCUACUAUUGGAGCAGGCGUGGUGAACACAGCUUUCACUUUGGUCUCGGUAUUGCUAGUGGAACGGGCUGGACGUCGAACACUGCAUCUCUUGGGCCUGGCCGGAAUGUGUGGAUGUGCUAUCUUGAUGACUGUGGCUCUCCUUUUGCUGGAACGGGUUCCGGCCAUGAGCUAUGCUAGUAUGGUAGCCAUCUUUGGCUUUGUGGCUUUCUUUGAGAUUGGCCCAGGUCCUAUACCAUGGUUCAUUGUGGCUGAACUCUUUAGUCAGGGACCCCGACCAGCUGCCAUGGCUAUGGCUAGCUUCUCCAACUGGACAUGCAAUUUCAUCGUGGGUAUGAGCUUCCAGUAUAUUGCGGAUGCCACUGGCCCUUACGUCUUCCUCCUCUUUGCUGUCCUCCUGCUUGGCUUCUUUCUCUUCACCUACUUGAAGGUGCCAGAAACACGGGGCCGAACAUUUGACCAGAUAUCUGCAGCCUUCCGUCGGACACCAUCAUUGCUGGAACAGGAGGUGAAGCCUAGCACAGAACUUGAGUACCUGGGACCAGAUGAGAAUGACUGAGAAGUAGGGUGGAAGGUGGCAAGUACACCUUUCCCCCUUCUUUCUCUCUUAAGUGAACUCUCCUUUCUACAGCACUUUAAGUUUCCCUUCCCUACCCCCUCAAGGUAGGAAAGAAUAUCUUAGGUCUGGUGGUAAUGGGGGAGGGGGGCUAAAAUUCAUGGUUUGAAUUCUCCCCCUAACCCUGUUCCCUUUAGUGUGAAUCUCUUGGAUUAUUUAUCUAUAGUGGUUGGGUUUGGGGUGUAAAUAUAGGUGGGGCUCCAUCCCCAACUUCCCCACCCCCAAGGAUUUCCUGGUCCCUCCUUCCCCUUUUCCCUAGCCUCAGAUUUCUAUUCCCCCUUGAUACAAAGAAGGGGAAUUACAAAGAUCCCCUAGAACUAACUUUUCUAGGUGGGAAGAAUUAUAUGUCCUACCUUCCUAAAAAGCAAGAAGUCUGGGGCCCAGCUCCCUUUUAGCCUCCUCUCUUGACUUCAUACCAACAGGUUAUCUAUACCCCCUACUCCCAACCUGACAAAGCCAAAAAAGUAGAGAGAAUUCUCAUGCUGAGAAAUCUCUAGGGAAGACAUUUCCUUUCACUCUAUUCUGUCCUUUGGGGAGAUUGUGCACAUGGGAAACACUAGGAAAGAUAUUUCCCUUCACUUCUCCCUUCUGGUUUUUGGGGAGACUGCACAUGGUAGGGGAGAGCUCUAGAAAAAGAUACCUCCUUUCACUCCAUUCUGUUUUGGGAAGGCUGUGCACAUGGUAGGGAACACUCUAGGGAAGAUAUUCCCUUCAUUCUAUCCUUUGGGGAAGAUUAGCACAAAUAUGUCGGUAGGUCUUUCUUCUCUGUGGUUCCCACUUAACCUUAAGAUGAGGUACUGUCCCUCACCUAACUCACUCUCAACCAGAGAUGUAUUUUGUACAGAUUUUUUGAGCUCCUGACAAAAAAAAAAAAGAGCAGAGGCUUCUGUUGGUGUAAUAUGAAGGCUGAUUGAAGCCUUAAAACAUUUUUAUAUGUUUGUGUAGAAAGAAAAAAACUGAUUAUACUUCAUGUAUAUAUAAAGGUCACUGUAUAACAA